AUGAGGUCGACAGUUCUGGCGCUGCUCCUCUCGUGGGCGUGCUGCUGCACCGCCCUCCCGGUUCCCCAGCCGCCCUGUGCCCAUGCCACACCCACAAAUGACGUCAUCCCCGGUCUACACCACCCCAUCCACAGCCCCGAUGAUGUCAUCGACGCUCGAUCUCCCUUCCAACGCCUAAACGACGCCGCCAACGUGACGCACGGACACGCGUACGUGGCAGAUGACGUCAUCGGUGGGUGCAACCACCAUCAUCCCGACCCUUGGGUCAGCAAUUCGUCAUCCGAUUACGCCAUGCUCGGCCCGAGGGUCGGCGGGUCCAACGGCACGGACCAGGGGGUCUUCGAGGACUUCCAGGGCGGCGGCGUGCUCCAAGAAAUCACCGUCUGGGCGGCCACCAUAGAUUUCGGCAACAUGUACUGCCUGGUGAAGAUCGCAGUGAAGUUCACGAGCGGAGCUGUCUUCGCGGCGGGCACCGAGAUCAACAACCCCACCGUGGCCAGCUUCGAGUUUCAGGAGGGCGAGCGCAUCGCGGAGCUGAGCAUGUGGGACAACGGGGAACAGAACAAUUUGGGUCGGCUGGCGGCAAUCCAGUUCUUGACCGACAGGGGCAGAAAAUUCGAGCAGGGCGUGCCAUGCGCCCGGCGCGGCGAGGAGAGGCGCUUCACGGGGGCAGCCCUGGGAGGGGGUUUAGUCAUCGGCCUGCACCCCCACGCGGGACUUGCCAUCGAUUCCCUGUCCCUGCUGUAUCUCCGGCCGAUCAAGGCCGUAAAGGUGGUCGUCGGGUCGUACCCCGGCCUGGGCCAGGGAGCCCAGGACGGCAGUCCCAUCAAGCGCGCGUCGGCGUCCCUCCACAACACCUACGACAGGGCUCAGAUGCUUAACCUCACCGGCGUGACGACAGUGGAGACGUCCCACCGGUGGGUCAGCAGCAUGUUGACCGAGAGGUUCGGUGUGGAUCAGUUCUCAGUGGUGGCGCCUCUACCGCUCGUGGACGAGGGGCAGUCCGGCGUGUCAUGGAACACCGGCGAGGUGAGGUGCUUCCCGUCGAACGAGGCCGUUACGGAGCGGAUGGUGACAGUCCUUUUUUAUGCGUUGCUGGACCCCGGGGAGCGGUGGGAGGGGGUGGCCACGACCAUGAUGUACGGCGGCGGCCAGGCGAUGCCCUUCGCGGGGGAAGCUUCUCUAAUGACCGAAAACGAAGCCGUGUGGAAGUUCGGCGUCAGCGGAAACUACACGGGGCUCGCCUUCACGGGGCCCGACGUCACGGGAAGGAAGGUCCCCCCUCCAGGACGGGCCGUGGAUUAG